UUGUACAAAGUAAUAUUUCAAUCAAUAACUAAUAUUAAACUAAUUUGAGGCUAAUAAUUGGAAUUUAGUUAUUAAAACAGCGAAGUUUCGGAUAAAUCUAGGGAACUUUUAGAUCAACAUUUAGGAAAGUUUGUCUGGGUUAGGUUGGCCAAAUUGUAACGGAGUCUGUCUGUAUUCUGUAAUCGAGAGUACUUGUUGGUGAUUAUAGUUUAGGUUUGACAUUUUAGAAGACAAAUUAUUGAAAGGGUUUUGUACGAAAUGGAUGAUACAGGUUCAAAAGCAGACAGUCCUGUAUUAAGAGCCAGAAGAAAUAAGGGACCUCAUGGAUUAGGUGAUCCUGACGACACAUUUCUCCGAAAGGUUGAAGAACAAGUUUUGAUUCCCAAGAUGGUUCGAGAACGAUCUAGAGCAGAAAAAUGUUCUGAAGAAGUACUUGCUUUUGCAAAAUGUGGGAAAGCCAAUGGAUUAGCGAUGGUACUCAACUGCAGAGUAGAGAACGACUUGAUGAAGGCUUGUUUAGGAAAAUGGUUUUAUGAUGAAGAAUUCAGAGAAGAUUGUAAAAAGAAGUACUUGCAGGAGAGAGCAGAAUAUAGAAGAACUGGCUUGACAAAAAAAGAGCGGGCAGCUAUGGCCAAUGUGGAGACUGCUUAGAUAGUGUAUUAUGUAUAUUUGUAAUUAUAUUGUUGUAUAGGUAAUUAAAUAAAAUUAUUUUCAAUUAUCGUA